UUUAAAAUGGAGUGGAUUUAGAAUUAUUACAGACGUGGCAUUAUUGUAUGGUUUUAUACAGAAUAAAAUAUUUUAUGAAUAGUUUGUGUCGAUUUCUUUACCAAAAUAUAUGUUGCGCACUAUGGAUUUACCGUUAAAUCAGCAAGACUUGACACAAAUACUCGAUAAAUUAGCAGAGGAUGAGAUUAAAACCGGAAGGACAUUAGAAACUAUACUGUCAAGGCAUUGUCAUGUAGAAGCAAAACUACAAAACAUAAGCAAAGUAUUACCUAAUGUUAUUAAAAUACGGGAAGAAGGUGAAAAAUUUUAUAAUAUGAUCGCAAAUACUAAUGAAUUAGCUAAAAAUGUAAGUGCCAAAGUAAGACAACUAGACUUAGCAAGGAGCAGAGUUUGUGAAUGUCAGAGACGUGUAAAUGACAUUCUUGAUUUACAAUUAUGCAGUGAGGGUGUAGCUAUGGCAUUAUGCAACGAAGAUUAUGAACAAGGGGCUGCACAUGUGCAUCGUUACUUGUCAAUGGAUCAACAAUUACUAGAAAGAACAGCUGAAGAUAUUUCAAUGGAUCAUACUAGUAUCAGUAGUUCAUUGAUUACUUUACAGCAAGCAGCCUUGCAACUUAGAACGGUGGUGACGCACAAGUUUGACGAAGCAGUAAAAUCGGAAGAUCUUGCUUCUGUGGAAAGAUUCUUCAAAAUAUUUCCUCUAUUAGGAAUGCACUCUGAAGGACUUAAAAAGUUUUGUGGCUAUUUAUGUACAAAGUUACACGAAGCAGCACAGAAAAAUUUGAAAGCAGCUUUAGAGAUUAAGAGUAAUGACAAAAGAGCAUCUGUUAUUUUUGCUGACACUAUGACAUUGUUAUUCGAAGGAAUUGCACGUAUUGUAGAAAUACAUCAACCAAUAAUUGAAACAUACUAUGGUCCUGGAAAACUAUUAAUUACAAUUUCUAUCUUACAAAAGGAGUGUGACAGGCAAGUCAAGAAGAUUAUUGCAGAAUUUACAAAACACAGAUGUAUAUCUAAAAAAGAACAAAUGAUAAAUGAUUAUCUUCGAAAACCAAGUUCUGAAAGAGCAGAUCCUAAAGAGUUUGAUUUAUUACUAGGAGAAAUUACUAUAAUGCAUUCGCGAGCAGAACUGUAUAUUCGUUUCUUAAGACGGAGAGUUAAAAAUGACAUAGAAAUUAGCGCAGCAAACGAUGCACAGUACAAAGACUUAAUGAAUGAAUUUGAGAAUACAGUGAGUAACUCCGAUUUAGCACGUGGAAUGCAAGAACUUCUAGGUGCUUAUCUUGCAUUGGAAAGGUAUUUUCUUGAAGAAAGUGUGAAUAAAGCAUUAGGAAUGGAUACCUUAGAUCAUGAUCAACAGACAUCGAGUAUGGUUGAUGAUGUAUUCUUUAUAGUACAAAAAUGUAUAAGGCGGUCCAUGUCCAGUUGGAGUAUAGACGGUGUCUGUGCAGUAGUCAAUAUGGCUUGCGGUAUAUUGGAAGGAGAGUUUGCGAACAGAUUACGCAACCGACUAAGGCAAGGGUAUCCUGCUGGAUACUUAGAUUUGGCUCAAGCAUACAGCGCUCUCCAAACAAGUAUUCAACAUGGUCGUUUACAAACUUCAGACACAGAACUUGCUCGUCUAAUGUUCUUGGCAUACUUAAAUAAUACCGACGUAAGUAUCGAGUACGUUGAAACGCUGUGUAAAAGUUUGAAUGCUGAAAUAGAUGCAACAUUUCCUAAUAUGCAAGGCAAAGAUAGGGGUAAAAUUGACAGUUGUUUAUCUGGUCUAAAAGGUGUUAUGUCGAUUUUACGAGCUGUUACAGACUAUGGGUUAGAACAAUUACGUGUAAGUGCCGUUAAACCGAGAGUGACUCCCUGGGUCGAUGCGUUUUUAUCCGUGGAUCAUCAUGUCAAUGAGGAUGAUUUGUUACGGUAUGAAACAGAAGAACCAUUUGUACAAACUCUAGUUAUGAAUUUAGAAGGUCUACUUCAGUCUUUUAAAGGCAGUUUAACCACAUCGAAUUAUGAUGCCUUAAUCGGCCUUCUCACCGCCGAGGUUACAGCUCGAUUAGAAAAAGUUUUAUUAAAAUCCACGUUUAAUAGAGCAGGGGGCCUCAUACUUGAUAAAGAAGUAAGAUCAUUGGCAAGUUAUUUGGCUGCCGCCACAUCUUGGUCUGUACGUGAUAAAUUUGCACGAUUGACGCAAAUAGCUACUAUAUUAAGUGUAGAAAAAGUAGAAGAAUUGGCUGACUAUUGCGGAGCAGAUGCAAUUGCGUGGAGAUUGACACCAGCUGAAGUUCGACGCAUCGCGUCUCUAAGAACAGAUUUUCGUCCGGAAGACAUAAAAAGGCUAAAGCUUUAGCAUGUUUUUAAUGUAUAAUUAUGUAAUUAAACCAAAAGUUGAAGAUUAUAAUAAAAUCUGAUCUUUCAAUUAUUGAAUGAUAGGACAAUGAC